UUUCGAAAAAUAAAUUAUAAGAUCAACACGUAGCGGAACAGCUGUUCAGUGUUAUUUCUUUUUAUCAGUCGACAUUGAAUCUCCAAUCGAAAUAUUAAAUUGCUUUUCAGUUUAUCUUAUGCUUUCAUCCGCGUAGCUUCAUUUAUUACUCCGGUUUAAUAAUAUUCAAAUAGUUGAUUAAUUAGAAAAUCAAAAUGUCUUUAACAAAAGGUAUUUUUAUUGUAGCUGCUAAGAGGACUCCGUUUGGUACAUAUGGUGGUAAAUUUGUUAAAACUUCAUCUACUGAACUACAAGUAGUUGCUGCGAAAGCUGCGCUUGCAGCUGGCAACGUAGACCCAAAUAUUGUUGAUUCAGUAAUAAUUGGAAAUGUUUUGAUUAACUCAUCUUCAGAUGGUGCAUUCUUACCCAGACAUGUACUUUUGCAUAGUGGAAUUCCACAAGAUCGUCAUGCUCUGGGUGUCAAUAGAUUAUGUGGAUCAGGAUUUCAGUCUAUUGUAAAUGGAGCUCAGAGUAUUAUAUGUGGUGAAUCUAAUGUUGUGUUGACUGGAGGAGUAGACAGUAUGAGUCAAUCUCCACAUGUUGUCCGUAAUGCCCGUUUUGGGAUACCUCUUGGAGCAUCAUAUGUUUUUGAAGACAGUCUCUGGACAGGUUUAACUGAUACAUAUUGUAAAUUACCUAUGGCACUGACUGCAGAAAAAUUAGCUGAAGUAUAUAAAAUUACAAGACAAGAAGUAGAUGAAUAUGCUUUAAGAUCUCAGACCUUAUGGAAAAAAGCCCAGGAAAACAAUGUGUUCAGUGCUGAAUUAGCUCCUGUGACUAUAAAAAUUAAAAAAGCAGAUGUUAGUGUAGAUAUAGAUGAACACCCAAAGCCAAAAACUACUCUUGAAACAUUAGGAAAAUUACCUACAGUUUUUAAAAAGGAUGGAGUUGUGACUGCUGGUUCAGCAUCUGGCAUUUGUGAUGGUGCUGGAGCUGUGAUAUUGGCCAGUGAGGAAGCGUUAAAGAAACAUUCUCUAACUCCAUUGGCAAGAUUAGUUGGUUAUUCAGUAGUUGGAGUUGAUCCAAGUAUUAUGGGUAUUGGUCCUGCUCCAUCAAUUUCAAAACUGUUGAGCUUUACUGGAAAAACACUUAAUGAUAUUGAUUUAGUAGAGAUCAAUGAGGCAUUUGGAGCUCAAACUCUUGCUUGCCAAAAGGAAUUGAAACUAGACAUUGAAAAGCUUAAUGUGAAUGGUGGUGCUAUUGCAAUUGGUCAUCCAUUAGCAGCAUCAGGUGCCAGAAUUACUAGUCAUCUUGUCCAUGAACUCAGGCGUAAAAAUCUUAAAUACGGAAUUGGCUCUGCCUGUAUUGGUGGAGGACAAGGAAUAGCUGUCAUGGUUGAGAAAGUUUAAAAAUGUAUACUUUUUAAAAUACUCAAGACUGGUUUAUGGGAUUAUUUUAUUUUCAAGAAAUUUUAAAUUAUAUUGUUAAAAAAAAAAAAAAAUUGUUAUACUACUUAUUAUUUAUUUUAUUCUAAUACUUACCAAUUACCAAUAAAUCAACAUAUAUAUU